GUUAUUUUAAGUGCUCGUUCCAAAUACUUUAAAGCUUUAUUCACCAAUGGAAUGCGUGAAAGCGGAACAAGAAAUAAUGAAAUUGUAGUACCAAGCGUAUCAAAAGAAGUAUUUUUAGCAUUGUUAUGUUAUCUUUACACAGAUGAUCUUCCAAGUAACUCGGCAUCACAAGCUCCAAAUUCAGAUCCAAAUAUUUGGUUAACAGAUCUUUUAAUUUUGGCUAAUCAAUAUAUGCUCGAUGGACUCAAAGUUAAAUGUUGCGAAUUAAUUGGUGAAACACUUUCUGCAUCAAAUUUGGUCUCAUUGAUGAAUUUGGCCAGUAUCCACGAAGCAACCGAAUUAAAGAAAGCUUGUAUCUAUUAUUUCUACACAAACCUCCCAUUGUUUUUAAGAGAUUGUUGCUUUGAACCAGAUCCAACUAAUGAUGGUCCAGAGGCUUUGGGUUAUUUAAUUGUUGACUACUUUACCAAAGUUGCCAAGCUUGGUUUAACAGAAAAACCAAACAAUACAACAACCUCAACUUCAAAUAACAAUGAAAAUAAUGAAAAUAAUAAUAGCAAUAAUAAUAGCAAUAAUAAUGGCAAUAAUAAUAAUGAAACUGAUCAAGUAAAUUCAGCAGCAGAGAUGGGUGUUAAAGAGUUUAACGAAUUAGUGUCCCUAUUUUCUGACUAACUCUUUAAAUGUAUUUGACGACUUAACAUCCAUUUUAACUUUAAAAAAAAAAAAAAAUUAUCCAUAUAUAGGGUUUUUUUUUUCUUCUGUAUUAAAAUAAAAAAUAAAUAAACUCUUUAUUCAAAACAAUAUUUUUUCU